CUUUGUUUAAAUCCUAGCUGCAUAGUGAUCUACGUCUCUACUCACAGUAGCUAUGGAUUCAAACAAGUCUAAAAAGAUAACUGACAUCGUUAGGCUUCAACAGAUCCUCAAGAAGUGGAAAAAGGCAGCCACUGCUUCUUCUACUAGUACUGGCACCAGUAAGACCAGCACCAGCACCAUCAAGUUCAUCAAGAGAACGCUCUCCUUCUCCGAUGUCUCUGCAGCAUCCAACGACGUCGUUCCGAAGGGAUUUCUCGCCGUCUGCGUUGGCAAGGAGCUGAAGAGAUACGUGAUUCCGACGGAGUAUUUGGGGCACCAGGCUUUUGGGAUGCUUUUGAGAGAAGCAGAAGAAGAGUUCGGGUUUCAACAAGAAGGAGUGUUGAAGAUUCCAUGCCAAGUCUCGGUAUUUGAAAAGAUCUUGAAAGUGGUCGAAGAGAAGAGAGAAGUCUACUUUUUGCAUGAGGUAGGGUCUAACAAUAAUAAUAGUAAUAAUGUAGAGAAAGAGAUGAUGGGAUGUUGGUCAUCUCCUGAUAGUGACCUGACUGUAACACCUUCUAAUCAUCAUCCUCAAAUGUGUAGGUGAACCAAACCCUUUUCUUGAUUAUACAUUUAUCACCAGUUUUUACCUCCUCAGCACCAGGGGAGGUUGGUGCAUGGCAUGUUCAAUGUUUGACAGGUUUUUAGAGUUUAGAUGAGGAAUUUCUUCUCUAAAAUACACCUGAAUAAGCUCAGUUAGAUGUCUUCCUCUAUUUUUGUUUUUGUUUGUUUGUUUUUUUUUUUUUGGGUCUCCUACUGGUGAGAAAUGUUAUCUUUUGCUAGUAUGAUCCAAUUGUGUGUUUUGCUUGUAUCUAUCAAGGUUAUAUUUCAACACUGACUGCAAUAUAUUUAUUUAUUUUUUAAUUUAAUUUCAUUUGACACUUGCAUAUAUUAUGUAUGUAUAUAAAUGAAUAAAUAGAGACACUCGCUUCAAUUAUAUAGUCCAAUCCAAAAUGUUAAUUGCUUUUGUUA